AUUUAAUUACUAUAUUUAAAAUAAAGUAGCUUUAAGUUGUAGCACAAGCAGAGGCAUAUACAACAACGCGGGUACACAUUGACAAGGAUGAAGGGCGAAUAUUACGGUCAAGUAAACUCUUCCAUCGUUACCCCAAAGCAGUUUUACCCAGAGUACUGCGAAUUCAACCAGGCACCGCAGAGUGAAUUCAAGUGUGUAUCCUACAUACCGUCACAAGAAGGAGGCCUCAUGGUCAAUGAUAAUUACAACUUUUCAGAUGGGUAUAGCAUUGACCAACAAGCUUUCCAGCACCCUGUACCGGUACACACUGUGAUAGAAGCCAAUGAUCACAAUUGGCAGAAUGUCCAAGGGACACAAUUUGAAGGUUUUUAUGGACAAGAGAGCAAUAUUGUCCCAAAUGGCAGCGAUUUAAAUAGGACAAAUGGCGUAGAAGGCGUCAGCAUCAGUCAAGGUUUGACUAACCCCUUUCCUGCACCAGAGUUUGAUCAACAAACUAUACCAUUUACACCUGGUUUCUUUGCAUCCAACGCGGCCUUCAAGAGGAUCCCGCUAAAUCCAGGCAAGAGCAUUUUUAGAAGGAGAAGACCAGGCGAUUGCGUGAGCGAGUGGAGCAAUGCUUUCAAUAACGAUUUUGAUGAGCUUCAAAAUCCCUACUGCUGUUCAAAUUAA